GAAUGAGAAACUGCGAGACUAAGAAACUAUAUUUCCUGUUUGUUUACUACAGCCAGGAUUUCUAAAUGAAAAAUCAAGUAAAUAUUGUACCCAUUAAAACGGAGCUAAUACGGUGACAAAAAGUAUAGUUCACCAUGAAUACCGAGGUGGACCCUAUUGAUAUUGUUAAAGAAGGCUAUUUGUGGAAGAGAGGUGAGCACAUAAAAAAUUGGAGAAAGCGAUACUUCAUUCUUAGAAAAGAUGGCUCUUUUGAAGGCUUCCGAUCUAGACCUGAACUCAAUGACUUGCAAGACCCACUUAACAAGUUUUCUGUAAAAGAUUGUCAGCUAAUGAAAGUAGAACGACCCAGACCUCACACAUUUAUCAUCAGAUGCUGGCAAUGGGCUACAGAAGUAGAGCGAAUGUUUUGCGUUGAAUCUGUUAAUGAAAGGGAUGAGUGGAUCCAGGCCAUAGGGUCUGUCUCAGAUACACUGAAAGUAACUGAAGAAGCCCCAACCACUAACAUUAUUGAACACAAGAAGAAAGUGUCUUUGGAUGACUUUGACUUCUUGAAAGUGCUUGGCAAAGGAACAUUUGGGAAGGUGAUCAUGUGUAAAGAAAAAGCCACAAACCAACUGUAUGCUAUCAAGAUACUUAAAAAAGCUGUCAUUAUUGCCAAAGAUGAAGUAGCACAUACACUAACAGAAAACAGAGUGCUACAGACCACAAACCAUCCCUUUCUCACACAACUAAAAUAUUCAUUCCAAACAGCAGACAGGCUUUGUUUUGUCAUGGAAUAUGUCAAUGGGGGAGAACUCUUCUUUCAUUUGUCUAGAGAGAGGGUCUUUUCUGAAGAGAGGACAAAGUUUUAUGGUGCAGAAAUUGUUUCUGCGCUUGGUUAUUUACAUGAAAAUAAUAUUGUAUACAGGGAUUUAAAAUUGGAAAAUCUUUUGUUGGAUAAAGAUGGCCAUAUAAAAAUUGCAGACUUUGGGCUGUGUAAAGAAGAAAUGUUUUUUGGUGCAAGCACAAACACAUUCUGCGGCACACCAGAGUAUCUGGCACCUGAGGUGCUGGAGGAUAAUGACUAUGGUCGAGCAGUGGACUGGUGGGGUACGGGGGUGGUGAUGUAUGAAAUGAUGUGUGGCCGCCUGCCCUUCUACAACAAAGACCAUGAUGUGUUGUUUGAGCUGAUUCUCCUGCAGCACGUCAAAUUUCCCAGAAAUCUCUCAGAGGAGGCCAAAAGUUUACUCAGUGGACUGUUGGCCAAGAAACCCAAACAGAGGCUUGGUGGAGGGGCAGCAGACGUAGCAGAAAUCAAAAGUCAUCCGUUCUUUGCUUCAAUCAACUGGGAAGAUCUAGUGGCCAAAAAGAUCACCCCACCCUUCAAACCCCAAGUGACAUCAGAAACUGACACCCGCUACUUUGACGAGGUCUUCACAGGGGAGGCUGUCAACAUCACGCCACCGGUGGGGGUGGGGUCCCAGCAGCAGGCCCUGGUCCCCAUUGCCGAGGAGAUGGAGACCCUGCCCUACUUUGAUCAGUUCUCCUACCACGGCAACAGGAACAGCUUUCCCACUGCCACGCGCAUGAGCUACGAAACAACAUGGAACCUCUGAAAAUAGCUCGGAACCUCUGAAAUGUUGGCUCCACUCUCUGACUGUUACCUGCCCCGGGGUCACACCCAAGUUAGCUCAGCUCAAUCUUCUGUUUGGCUGACUCUAGCUCUUGUUAAGCUCAAAAUAGUUUCUAUUUCAACUCCCCAUAUAAUUAUCUGGAUGGUAAUAAUGUAUAAAGCGCUGAAUGCUUCAAAGAGGUAUUUGAAACAGGGGAGCACUUGGGCAUGAGAAUUAAUUUUUAAAAGCUUUUGUUAAUAUUUCUUCAGUGAAAUGAAAUCUUUGAGUGAAUUGAAUUAGGAAUUGUAAGCUGAAAAAUGUGGGUUCGUUUGUUUGGCUUUGCCUUCUUCCACAUAGAAAAAGUAAGGUUGUUGGUUUAACAAACCUUUGGACUCAAUGGAAUAAGGGUGUUAAGUUAAUGUCUCAGGGUCUAGCUGGUCUGUCUGUAGAUUCAGUGUGAGGUGAAAUGUUUUGAUACCAAGGUUUGGGUGAAUUGACAUUGUCCUUCUUGGUUGUACUUGUGUCAGUUCAUGUGUUCUGUAGAUCUUAGCUGAGGCAGGCACA